AUGGGGCUGCUGCUCAUGAUCCUGGCGUCGGCCGUGCUGGGCUCCUUCCUCACGCUCCUCGCGCAGUUCCUGCUGCUCUACCGCCGGCCGCCCGAGCCGCCGCCGGACGAGGCCGCCCGCGCGCGCGACGGCGUCCGCUACCUCAGGCCGGUGCCGGGCCUGUCCCUGCGGGAAUACCUUUAUGGCGGCGGCGGCGGCGGCGGCGGCGGCGGCGGGGCUGAGGAGCCGGCCGGCGGGGCCCCCGAGGGCGGCGCGGCCCCGGCCCCCGAGACCCCCGGCCCGCCGACGCGGGAGACCUGCUACUUCCUCAACGCCACCAUCCUGUUCCUGUUCCGGGAGCUGCGGGACACGGCGCUGGCCCGCCGCUGGGUCACCAAGAAGAUCAAGGUGGAGUUCGAGGAGCUGCUGCAGACCAAGACGGCCGGGCGCCUGCUGGAGGGGCUGAGCCUGCGGGACGUGUUCCUGGGCGAGACGGUGCCCUUCAUCAAGACCAUCCGCCUCCUGCGGCCCGUGGUGCCCUCGGCCGGCGCCCCCGCCGCCGCCGCUGCCGGGGAGCCCGACGGCCCCGACGCGGGGGACGCGCUGCCCGCCGCCUCCCCGGAGGAGCUGGCCUUCGAGGCGGAGGUGGAGUACCACGGCGGCUUCCACCUGGCCAUCGACGUGGACCUGGUGUUCGGCAAGUCCGCCUACCUGUUCGUCAAGCUGUCCCGCGUGGUGGGCAGGCUGCGCUUCGUGCUCACCCGCGUGCCGUUCACCCACUGGUUCUUCUCCUUCGUGGAGGACCCGCUCAUCGACUUCGAGGUGCGCUCGCAGUUCGAGGGGCGGCCCAUGCCCCAGCUCACCUCCAUCAUCGUCAACCAGCUCAAGAAAGUCAUCAAGCGCAAGCACACCCUGCCCAGUUACAAGAUCAGGUUUAAGCCAUUUUUUCCAUUCCAAACCUUGCAAGGAUUUGAAGAAGAUGAAGAAGACCAUAUCCAUAUACAACAAUGGGCACUUACUGAAGGCCGUCUUAAAGUUACAUUGUUAGAAUGCAGCAGGUUACUCAUUUUUGGAUCCUAUGACAGAGAGGCAAAUAUUCAUUGCACACUUGAGUUGAGCAGUAGUGUUUGGGAAGAAAAACAAAGGAGUUCUAUUAAGACGGUUGAAUUAAUUAAGGGGAAUUUACAAAGCGUUGGACUUACACUUCGUCUUGUCCAGUCAACUGACGGGUAUGCUGGGCACGUCAUCAUUGAGACUGUGGCCCCAAACUCACCUGCUGCACUUGCUGAUCUUCAGCGCGGAGAUCGAUUGAUUGCCAUUGGAGGUGUGAAAAUCACAUCCACGCUGCAGGUGCUGAAGCUCAUCAAGCAGGCCGGCGACCGCGUGCUGGUGUACUACGAGAGGCCGGUGGGCCAGGCGCCUCACAGCGCAGCGCUGCAGGACCAUCUCAGUCAGCUGGAAGAACACUUUCUGUCAGGCUCGUGCCAGCCAAACUAUGAAGAGGACCCUGGGUUGGCAGGCGACACUGAAAGUAGAGACCUGGAUUUGGAGUUUGAAGACUUGGCGAGUGAUGUCAGAGCACAAAAUGAGUUCAAAGAUGAGGCACAAUCGGCAAGUCAUAGUCCGAAACGUACUCCGACGACGCCUUCUGUUAGACCCCUUGGAACAGUAUCACCCGUUUUAAAUCGUAAAUUAGUUACAGGAAGUCACCCACCACCACCCAAACUUCCAUCCAAAGAAGGAAACAAACCCUUAGCCCCCAAACCUUCUGAGACAACAGACCCUGCACAAGUGUCAAAACCCACCCAGGGAUUCAAACCACCCGUGCCACCACGACCGCAAGUGAAAGCUCCUUUGCCUCCUGCGGAUGCCCCAGGUCAGGCGGAACCAGAUGUUCUCGUUGAAAAGCCAGACAAGGUGCUGCCGCCGCCUCCUGCAGAUAAACCUGCUGAAAAGCAGGCGAAACAUGUGGAUCACAUGGAAGAUGUCGCUGCACCUAAGCAGUCUUCAGCAAAGCAAGAAGUGGGGAAAGACUUGGCCUCAGAAAGUUCCUGCCCUCCCAAGGACAGUUCGGAUGACCCUCAAACAUGGGAGUCUUCAGAAAUUCACUAUCGGAAUAAGCUAGGAAAAUGGGCAAGAGCCAGAGCCACCUGCUUCUUCGACAUAGAAGCCUGUCACAGGUACUUAAACAUCGCCCUGUGGUGCAGGGAUCCUUUCAAGUUGGGGGGGCUCAUCUGUUUGGGGCACGUGAGCCUGAAACUUGAAGAGGUGGCUUUAGGAUGCCUCACGACAUCCAACAUGGAAUACCUUUCCAAGUUCAGACUGGAAGCCCCAACGCCCAAGGCCAUGGUCACGAGAACCGCUCUCCGCAAUCUGAGUAUGCAAAAGGGAUUCAAUGACAAAUUUUGCUUUGGUGACAUUACUAUCCACUUCAAAUAUUUGAAGGAAGGAGAAGCGGACCACCAUCUAGUUACUAACUUGGAGAAAGAAAAAGAACUUCAUUUGGUCGAAGAGGUUUCUGCGCUGCCGAAAGAGGAGCCCUUAGUGGGACAGCUGGGCUUAACAGAAAACAAACACAGUUUUCAGGACACUCAGUUCCAGAACCCAACGUGGUGUGAUUACUGCAAGAAAAAAGUCUGGACUAAAGCCGCUUCCCAGUGCAUGAUCUGUGCUUACGUUUGCCAUAAAAAAUGCCAGGAAAAGUGUCUCGCUGAGAUUCCUCUCUGUGGAGCGACCGAGAGGCGGAUAGACCGGACCCUGAAAAACCUCAGGCUGGAAGGACAGGAGACCCUCCUGGGCCUGUCUGCUCGUACUGAUGCUGAAGUUAGCAAGUCCGUCACUAGAACCACAGGCCUGACCAGGCACAUUAUCAACACUAGCUCUCGUUUGUUAAACCUGCGUCAAGUCUCUAAAACUCGCCUUUCUGAAGCAGGAGCUGAUCUAGUAGAACCUUCACCAAAACAUACACCCAACACGUCAGACAAUGAAGGCAGCGACACAGAGAUGUGUGGUCCAAACAGUCCUUCUAAACGGGGAAACAGCACAGGAAUAAAGUUAGUGAGGAAGGAGGGCGGUCUGGAUGACAGUGUCUUCAUCGCAGUUAAAGAAAUUGGCCGUGACCUGUACAGGGGCUUGCCGACCGAGGAGAGGAUCCAGAAACUCGAGUUCAUGCUGGAUAAACUGCAGAAUGAAAUUGAUCAGGAGUUGGAGCACAACAAUUCCCUUCUUAGAGAAGAAAAGGAGACCACCGAUACAAGGAAAAAAUCUCUUCUUUCUGCCGCUUUGGGUAAAUCAGGGGAAAGACUACAAGCUUUGACACUUCUUAUGAUCCACUACAGAGCAGGCAUUGAAGAUAUCGAAUCUUUAGAAAGUCUGACCUUAGACCAGCACCCAAAAAAAAUAGGCAAGUACACAGAUGACACAGAGGAAGACUUUGAUAAUGAAAUAACCCAACUAAUAGACGCUCAGCCAUUCAGCAGCAUUUCAGAUGACUUAUUUGGCCCAUCCGAGUCUGUAUAA